AUGGCGGCGGCCUCUUCUGCGGCGCCGGCGAGGCACAGCUGCGCGAAGCUCUCGGUGCCAGUGGAGAACCCUAAGGCGGUGGGGUCGGGCGCCGGUACUGUCUUCGUCAAAGCCACGUGGCUGCCGUCCCGCUUCUCCCUCGCCGUGACCGACGGCGCCGGCGCCUGGGUCGCCGAUGCCUGA